CACAACGCUCUCACCGCACCGGGCAGAAGAAGUUGCAUCUCUUCUGUCUUCAUACAAAGCUGGAAAAUAAAAAUAAAAAAAAUCAUAAUUUCAUAUUUAAAAAAGCAUGGCGAUUUUUCGGAGGAGGAGAAAAUGGAGCUGGGUUCGGAUUUGUGUUUUAUUCGUGAUGGUGGCUGCGGUUUGGGCGCAAAGUGUGAAUGAUCCGAGCAAUAUGUCUCUGGUGAAGGAAACUGUGGACAGACUGCUUAAAGGAUACGACAUCCGGCUCAGACCCGAUUUCGGAGGUCCUCCAGUGAGAGUGGGUAUGAACAUCGAUAUCGCCAGCAUAGACAUGGUAUCAGAAGUCAACAUGGACUACACCCUGACCAUGUACUUCCAGCAGGCAUGGCGAGAUAAACGCCUCUCAUACUCGGAGAUCCCUCUGAACCUCACGUUGGAUAAUCGGGUGGCUGAUCAGCUGUGGGUCCCGGAUACGUACUUCCUAAAUGACAAGAAGUCCUUCGUUCAUGGUGUGACGGUGAAAAACAGGAUGAUCCGCCUCCACCCGGACGGCACGGUGCUCUACGGUCUGAGGAUCACUACAACCGCAGCCUGCAUGAUGGACUUGAGACGAUAUCCACUGGACGAACAAAACUGUACUCUGGAAAUCGAGAGCUACGGCUACACGACGGAUGAUAUCGAGUUUUACUGGCGAGGUGAAAACAGCGCCGUGACAGGAGUGGAGAGAAUAGAGCUGCCUCAGUUCUCCAUAGUCGACUACAAGCUCAUAGCCAAGAAGGUGGUUUUCUCUACAGGUGCUUAUCCUCGCCUGUCCCUCAGCUUCAAGCUGAAGAGAAACAUCGGCUACUUCAUCCUGCAGACCUACAUGCCCUCCAUCCUGAUCACCAUCCUGUCCUGGGUCUCCUUCUGGAUCAACUACGACGCCUCCGCCGCCCGAGUCGCUUUAGGUAUCACGACCGUGCUCACCAUGACAACCAUCAACACACACCUGCGAGAGACGCUUCCUAAAAUCCCGUACGUCAAAGCCAUCGACAUGUACCUGAUGGGCUGCUUCGUCUUCGUCUUCCUCGCACUGCUCGAGUACGCUCUCGUCAACUACAUCUUCUUCGGACAAGGACCUCAGCGGCAGAAGAAAGCGGCGGAGAAAGCGUCCAACGCCAACAACGAGAAAAUGAGGAUGGAUUCCAACAAGUGGUUGAUGGGAAAUGUAGUUCAGAGAAACGAUGCUCUGUAUGCCAGAAUGAAACCGAGGGAUAUUGACGCUCAUGACUCGAUGUGGGAACCGAUCUUUGUGGACGAUGCGGCGAUAGGACUAGGCGAUCAAAAAAAUAAGAUGGACCCUCACGAGAACAUCCUCCUCACGCCUCUGGAGAUGAAGAAUGAGAUGUCGCCGCCCGAAUUAGCUCUUGGUCUCGGCGACCCUCGCGGCACCAUGUUAGCGUAUGACAGCUCGGCGCUACAGUACCGGAAAGCGGGACUCGCUCGGCAGAACUUCGGACGGAACGCACUGGAAUGUCACGUCCCUCAGAAGAAAAGUCGACUGCGGAGACGUGCCUCGCAGCUGAAGAUCACCAUCCCCGACUUGACUGACGUGAACUCGAUCGACAAGUGGUCGAGGAUGAUCUUCCCCACCGUCUUUUCCUUUUUCAACGUCGUCUACUGGCUUUACUACAUCAACUGAGCAUUUUAGGUGUUUUUUUUCUUGGUUAAAGUUGUCCGUUUUUUUCCUGCUGUUUAUUUACGUAAUCCUGCGUUCCAGUACUGUUCAUAACAUGCCCGUGUGUGGACGAGUGAGGCACAGAGGACAAUGUAGCUGAAGCUUGCUAGCUAGUUAUUAGCUACAUUGCUAAUUAGUUAGCGGUAUUAAGUAAAAGGAGUUUGAAUUUGAAUGUAGCUAGCAUUUUAUUCCUCUUGUUUACUUUUUUUUUUGCUUUGUUUAGUUUUUGCUAUUUUGAAAAGGGACCGGAGAGAAGCUUAGAAAUGUAUCUGUUUACAUAUUAGAACAAACCUUAAACGGAAGUGUUAAAUACAGUAUUGGAACACAGACGAAUAUUUUAAUACCUUAAUAUAUAACAAUGAAUGCUAGUUUAUCAUUCCUUAAUUGCUGGCUAUUGUAACUAUAAUUAAACAGACCACGCCUUUUACACCUUUAGAUUUUACAGUCAAUUCUAUAGUGUGUUUUAAAUGUUUACAUUUACUGAUUUAUUAUGCAUUCUGUGACUUAUAGACUUGUACACAAUUUCACAUCCUUCUUACGAUAAUUUUAAGUGAAACUGCCAAUGAGUGAAAAUAAUUCUUUAAUUGAUUUUUAUAUUCUUGAUUUGUUUUUAUUUUGUAAACAGGUCAAAUUAUCUGGUGUAGUUAAUUAGAGAGUAUAGAAUAGUUUUUAUAUUUUUGUGUUGUUUUUUUACACUACAUAAUUAGUUUUGAUAUUUUAUUAAUAGAUUAUAGCAAAACUAAGAACACGAAAAAAUUUCACUACUUAAAACAAGUUACUCUUCAAUGUCAUGAAACAAUUUAAUUAAAGGAAUUUUAACUGAUUAUUUACAUUUGUUUUUAUCCUUACAUUUUGAUGUCAAUUGUUUGAAAUUGAGUAUUUAAAAAAAAAAAACACAGAUUAUGCAAGGACAAUUCCAGAGGUUCAGUAAGGUCUCGUAUUAAUGAAAACUUUUUUUAAAAAAAUAAUAAUAAAUAAAUAAAUAAACAUAUCUAAUAAAAUAUUGCAUUUUAUCAGAGUUUUUUUUUCUUUCUUUUUUAGAUUUUUUUAAAUAAAAAUAUUUAAAUUAUCAGGAUUUUUCUUUUGUUUGUUUCUUUUUUUUCUUUCUAUAUUUUCUAAACACAGCCAGCAGUUAAGGAGUCUGGAACAAAAACUAAUUAUACUUCUUUCUUUUGUGCUCUGUUUUCUGUAAAUACAUGUUGUAUAGGAUUGUUAUAUGUACUGGAAUUAAGUAAGCAUUAUUAUUAUUAUUAUUAUUAUUAUUAUUAUUAUUAUUAUUAAGCAUAUAUGUGUGUUUACAUACGGAAUGAUCUGUUUCUUUACAAAAAAUGUGAAAGAUUAAUGCCUGAACGAAUCAGAAAAUAAGAUACUGACGUCGUGGACUGUAGCGGUCCGGUGUCUUUAUUUCUGACUGGAACGUUUUGUCAGGAAAAAAAAGGGCAACUUGAAUAUACUCUUCUUACCUUUUACGCAAGAGGAUGUACAAAUAUUUAUAUAUAACCUUCAGACUAAAUGCCUGUAAAUGAUAAAGCACAAUAAUGAGUGAGGAGAAGAGAAAUGGUUAAUAACGCUCUCCAUGAAGCUUUUAUUCAUCACCCAUUACAUCUGCACUUGAAAUUAUUUAUUUAUUUUCUAAAAGGGUUUUUUUUGUUGUUGUUGUUUUUUUUUUUUUAUAAACACUAAUAAUGCCUCAUAACCCUCUAAUAAAACCUGUCAUGAAUCUAUGAUGCGGUAUAAACAUUGUGUAAGCAGGAAUGUGCCGAUAAUUGGUCGUGCAAUGUAUUGCAGUAUUUUAAAUGCAUGAUGUUUUCGCUGCAUUUGGAGGUGAACCUGACACAUCACUUCCUGUGCUUUUAUACAUGUCACAUACAUACAUCACUUCCUGUGCUUUCAUACCCGUCUCAUAGUGAACAUUUCUCUUUUCGUCAGUUGUCAUGUUUGUAGAUCAACAGAGAGACUGUUUCCAUGGAUACAUUUAAACAGACUAUUUACCAUGGUUACAUUCAGCCAGAAGUCCUUUCUGUUAUAUUUAAUCUGUAGACGUUUCCAUGGAUACAUUUAGUUUGAAGUAAUUUCCAUAGUAACCUUAAGUCUGAAGUUGUUUCCAUGGUUACAUUCAGUCAGAAGUUGUUUCUAAUGUAGAAACGGAUGCUGUUCCAAUGGUUACAUUUAGUCCAUAAUUGUACCCAUGGUUACAUCCGGCCGGAGGUAAUUUCCUCUGCUACAUUUGGACAGAAUUCAUUUCAUGGUAACAUUUACUUCAGAGUUGUUUCCGUGGUUACGUGUAAUGAUUUCCUCAUUGUUAUAUUUAACCAGAAGUCAAAAGUCAGACUUCAUGGUUACAUUUAGACAGAUGCAGUUUCCAUGGUUACAUUUUAGUCCUAAAUCGUUUCCAAGGCUAAAUUUAGUCUGAAAUUGUUUCUGUGAUUACUUUCAAUCCAAAGUCUUUUCUAAUAUUAAAUUUACAUUUAUUACAUUCGAAAUCGUUUCCCUGGUUACGUUCAGCCAUAAAUCCUUCCUAAAGUUUACUUUAUUAUCGGCACAGGUGUAGAUGUUGUAGUUAGUGUAGUUGUAGUUAUGUCAAUUUUUAUCAUAAUAAUAAUAAUCAUCAUCAUCAUAAUGUGACUUGCACUGCUGUACACUGAUAACUUUAAAGCAUAUUUCAGUUAUAUAUAAAUAUAAAUAUAUAUUUAACAUUUAUUAGCAAUUUAAACACUUUAGCACACAGUCAUGAGUAGUACUUAGGAUACACCAAGCUAGCUCGCUAAUCUCCUGAUAGAUAAAUAUAAAUCAGGGCAGAAAGGUUCAACAGGAAGUCUCGUUAGCAUGUAGCGUGUGUUGUCUGGAGUGACUGAAGACACAAACAAGACAUUGGUAUCAUUUUGCCCUGAUUUAUUUCUUCCUAACAUUCAGACAUUCAGCUAAAUAGAAUUUCACUGCUAAUGAAAUAUCUUUCUGUUGAAUUGUGUGUUAUUAGCUACGGUGCGAGAGCAAUCAGGGCUUCCUGUAAACGUCACCGCUGUAAAUAUGACGUAAUGCUGAAAACCCUAUUAUUGUAAAUAGGCUUCAAUUUCUAAUGUUUUAUACUUUACUGUAACAGCAUGGACAACAGCAACACAGACAAAUCAAUAAUGUAAAUAUUAUUAUGAAUAUUAUUUAAAAAAAAAACAAAAAAAACACAAAACCCCCUUCUUGCCAAGAGAGAAUGUUCUGAUUGCUUUGUGCUGCUGAUUUUAUGACUUUACUGAAAACGAUAGCGUACAGUAUGAACACUGGAAAAUAAAAUAUCCACCAUCAACAACUGUGUGCUCUAGUGUUUUAUUAAAGCAGAUAAUGUUCUGGGAUGUUCUAAGAGGACAAGCUGGACAUGAAUUAUACCA